AUGCCGACCUCAAGCGAUAUGAGUCAGGUAAGGGGUGUCCCUUAUAUAGGGGAGUGAAUUAAUUUAAGCCCCUCCCACAAAUACAGGCCAAACGGCCUUAAUACAUAUAUAUAUACUGAUAUAUACGUAUAUAUUUAUGUAUAUAGAUAUAUAUUAUUUUGUUUUACGUGUAUUUUGAUAUAAAUAUAUAUAUAUUAUCACAAUACACUUAAAACGAAAUAACACACAUCUAUAUCAUUUUUUAUUAUUUUUUUUCAUUUUUUUAUUUUAUUUUUUAACGUAUUUACAUAUUACAUUUUUUAUAUUAUAUAUAAAUAUAUAUAACAAUAAUUAUAUAUAUAUUUAAUCAAUUUCAGUCUACGUGUAAUUUGAUAUUAAUAUAUAUAUAUAUAUAUAAUUAUAUAUAUAUUAAUAGUAAAAUACACCUAUACAGUGUGUGUGUGUGUGUAUGUAUAUGUGUAUACAGGGAGUGCAGAAUUAUUAGGCAAGUUGUAUUUUUGAGGAUUAAUUUUAUUAUUGAACAACAACCAUGUUCUCAAUGAACCCAAAAAACUCAUUAAUAUCAAAGCUGAAUAUUUUUGGAAGUAGUUUUUAGUUUGUUUUUAGUUAUAGCUAUGUUAGGGGGAUAUCUGUGUGUGCAGGUGACUAUUACUGUGCAUAAUUAUUAGGCAACUUAACAAAAAACAAAUAUAUACUCAUUUCAAUUAUUUAUUAUUACCAGUGAAACCAAUAUAACAUCUCAACAUUCACAAAUAUACAUUUCUGACAUUCAAAAACAAAUCAGUGACCAAUAUAGCCACCUUUCUUUGCAAGGACACUCAAAAGCCUGCCAUCCAUGGAUUCUGUCAGUGUUUUGAUCUGUUCACCAUCAACAUUGCGUGCAGCAGCAACCACAGCCUCCCAGACACUGUUCAGAGAGGUGUACUGUUUUCCCUCCUUGUAAAUCUCACAUUUGAUGAUGGACCACAGGUUCUCAAUGGGGUUCAGAUCAGGUGAAUAAGGAGGCCAUGUCAUUAGAUUUUCUUCUUUUAUACCCUUUCUUGCCAGCCAUGCUGUGGAGUACUUGGACGCGUGUGAUGGAGCAUUGUCCUGCAUGAAAAUCAUGUUUUUCUUGAAGGAUGCAGACUUCUUCCUGUACCACUGCUUGAAGAAGGUGUCUUCCAGGAACUGGCAGUAGGACUGGAAGUUGAGCUUGACUCCAUCCUCAACCCGAAAAGGCCCCACAAGCUCAUCUUUGAUGAUACUAGCCCAAACCAGUACUCCACCUCCACCUUGCUGGCAUCUGAGUCGGACUGGAGCUCUCUGCCCUUUACCAAUCCAGCCACGGGCCCAUCCAUCUGGCCCAUCAAGACUCACUCUCAUUUCAUCAGUCCAUAAAACCUUAGAAAAAUCAGUCUUGAGAUAUUUCUUGGCCCAGUCUUGACGUUUCAGCUUGUGUGUCUUGUUCAGUGGUGGUCGUCUUUCAGCCUUUCUUACCUUGGCCAUGUCUCUGAGUAUUGCACACCUUGUGCUUUUGGGCACUCCAGUGAUGUUGCAGCUCUGAAAUAUGGCCAAACUGGUGGCAAGUGGCAUCGUGGCAGCUGCACGCUUGACUUUUCUCAGUUCAUGGGCAGUUAUUUUGCGCCUUGGUUUUUCCACACGCUUCUUGCGACCCUGUUGACUAUUUUGAAUGAAACGCUUGAUUGUUCGAUGAUCACGCUUCAGAAGCUUUGCAAUUUUAAGAGUGCUGCAUCCCUCUGCAAGAUAUCUCACUAUUUUUGACUUUUCUGAGCCUGUCAAGUCCUUCUUUGACCCAUUUUGCCAAAGGAAAGGAAGUUGCCUAAUAAUUAUGCACACCUGAUAUAGGGUGUUGAUGUCAUUAGACCACACCCCUUCUCAUUACAGAGAUGCACAUCACCUAAUAUGCUUAAUUGGUAGUAGGCUUUCGAGCCUAUACAGCUUGGAGUAAGACAACAUGCAUAAAGAGGAUGAUGUGGUCAAAAUACUCAUUUGCCUAAUAAUUCUGCACUCCCUGUAUAUAUAUAUAUACUUAGAUCAUAUAUGAUCUAAGUAUAUAUAUUUUUUUUACACUUAUUAAUUUAUUUUAAUUUUAUUUCCAGCCAGCAGGGGGACCACCUGUAAUUACAGGCAGCCCCCCUGCUGGCAAUACAGCAGCCAGCUAUCCCGGCCAUGUGAUUGUGAGGUCCUCGCAAGGACCUCACUCUCACACUCUCACAUGGCCGGGGGGGCCGGAGGGGGAGGAUCUGCCGCGGGGGGGCUCCCUGGGAGUCCCCCCCCCACCGCGAUCGCCGGCGUUUAGAGCCACCUAAAAUAGGGCGUAAUAGUACGCCCUCCGGUCUUAAGGGGUUAAAUAUAGUCUCCUCCUUUACUGUGUUGUUUCCUGUGGCGAAACCGACCUCGCCAUUGGGCAUUGGAGAAGACUGAUUGCCAGCCUCCUGCCAUAUGACUAUGGCCCCUGGGAUGUAUUGCCCUUUAAAGACAUGAUUUGGGCAUAAUGGAUUUGUGUUGUGCUGCUGCUGGCCCUUAAAGAACCAUCUGGGGACAUACAGUGGAGUUACUGGGUGGCCACCAUUUCAUGUAUCAGAGGCACAUGGUGAGAACAAUGGAUGGCGGCCAUUUUAACUCACAGACACUGUUUGGACUUUUCAACACAGUGCCGGUAUUUGGUGCACAGAGACAUCGUGCAGUGGUUUUGGACUAUACAACAAGGGACACAUUAUACAGUAAUUGUUUUUCAUUUAGCCUGCAUAUGUUCUGUGGAAUCUGCAUUAAACUGUAUCUUCCAAAGUACUGAAUGGAUCUGGGUGAAUUUUGGAUAUGUGGUUCACCCAGAUCCCCCAGUUCCAAUGAUAUAUUGGGGUUAUUGUAUGUUUUGGGGUCCCUGUGAUGUGUUUUAUAAUACUGUAUUUUUCUGCCUGUGAUAAUUAGAUUAACAAUUGUGUUCAGUAAUUAUAUCACAGGCAGAGGGGAGGAUUUUGUGUGGAAGUAUCUGUGUGUAUUGUACGGAUUGAUUGGCUGUGUUUCAAAACCCUGUGGGCAGUACUAUGUUUGUGGAUUGUGAAUAAAAGAGGCUGUAUGUGCCAGUCCAGGCAGUUCUGCUUGACCUCAAAACGAAGUGUCGUCUCGUUAUUUGGGGAAUUGGAUUGUCUGCUGAUUGCCAGGAGUGUAAGCUGAUUGUAUUCCUGUUCCUGUUCAGCUGUUUACAGCAUUCAUAUGCUUGAGAGCAUUCAUAUGCUUCUACGGUUCGGUGGUUGUGGUGUCUGCUAGAGUGCGUGGAGCCCUCAGGAAGCGCUAGGAGCAUCCUUCAACGGGGGUGCCCAGUCGGGGUGCCAGGUGAUCCGUUACAAUUCCCUUUUUGUAUUUAAAUGUUUCUAUAAUAUCUAGUAUAAUAUCUAGUAAAUGUAAUAAAGUUCUGACUGACCGGCCACGAGGCGAUGGCCCAAAUGAGUUCCAGAGAAAUGAGGGUAAAGGCUGGUCGGCUUUCAGGGGUUCACGUGCGAACACCAACAAACGCUCCACCUGGCUUUUAGGUAGUGAAUGCUCCCCCCCAGUUGGUAGUUCAUAUCUCCUGCACAUCGUUUGUCUAGUUGGUCCGAACUGCGUUACGAGCUGCGCCAGAGUUUGUGGACUUGCAUGACCGAAAAUAGUGGCGUUCGAUGACCAUGUACCGCUGUCUGUGUUUGGGAGACAACACGUGCAUUCGGUUAAACGAAUAGCGGCCACCCAGGGAAAGCACUUGAGUUAAUCACUUAAUUUGUGGUUAACAGCCUGGGGAGGUCGGUGUUCGGAGUGGUAUAAAAAAAGGGAGACAAACAAGGGCAUACGGACAACCGAACACAAGAGAGAGCAUUCUGCUUCAUAGCCUUGUAGGCGUCACACGAAGUGGUCUUAUCUUUGUUCUUCUCGUAGGAGGAUGUAUAAGCAGAACUGAGAAGCCAUAUUAGGAAAGGAGGAAUGUGCACUCUUUAUAUGUAAAUUGUCAAUAAUAAAGAUAACAAUAAAAAAGAAAAAUACCAGUGACUUACUCAGAACCUAGAGAAUGUAACCUAUUUGUAGAUGAGUGGCCUGGGGACUUCAUUGAAUCAGGAAGCUAGAAAAUAAAUACAAUUUCUGGCUUAAAAACCUCAAUCAGUAACCCAACAAAUAGAAUAAAACAGAAUUAGAUUGUCUCUCUUCCUCUAUUUGGCAGCCUUCCUGUCUCCCAGUCGCUCAGUACAUAGUGGGGGAACACCUUCACUAUAGUCUGUGGUAAUAUUCACCAUGUACUGAGUGACUGAGAGACAGGAAUGCUGCAGAAUGGAGGAAGAGAGACAUAGUGGGGGAACACAUUCACUGUAGUCUAAGUCCGGCACUGUCCCAACUAUUUACCAAUGUUGGAAUUUUGCAACACUGACUUCAAAUGUGCUAUCAAUACUGCAAGUGUUAACUGUGUGGUAGUUAGCCAGCACUAGAAAACCAGCCACCCCUACCCCCAUUUCUGAAAUAUUUUUAUCUUUGGAAAAUAUUUUUUAUUUUUUUUUAUGUUUAUUUUGAAGAAUUUGUCAAAUACAAAGUGGGACUCCCAGGUCACCAGUAAAUAUAGUCAAGGAGACACGCAGGUCGCGACAGAAGUGGUAUCUAGUACAGUACAAGUCUUUGACCUAAAUAAUACUGUCAGCGCGCCCAUUUAUCCCUAGCUCGUGCGUGUACCCUGCCCUCUGUCUCCAGAGGGUUCUAACAGAGUAUUAUCUGAUUCUCUCACCUUACAGAUGAUGCUGGAGAGGAAAGUAAACACAAGAAAACAGAAAAGACAAAUUCUGAAAGAAAGUGUCAGCUCUGUUCCCAGUAACUCAGUGGAACCCAAAAAUGAUCAAGGGAAAGCUGGUCCCACUUCAACCAAAGCACAAACCAAUCCUGCUGGCAGGAAUCUGGAGCCUACGGGGAGCAGUGUACCACAGGCUACCACCACCACUGCAGUGUCUAAAUCUGACAUCUCCCAGCCCAACCCAAAAUCCAGACCACCCUCGUACAACCCUAUAACACACAGUGUGACAAACGGUGAGUAAUAUGCAUUGCAUUCUCAUGCUGUGCCUUGUGUGUUCUUCCUUUUAUUGGCUCUUGAUUUCUGUUCUUUAUGUUGGAUUCCAUCCCCAUUACUAUCUGGCCUCUCUGGUGUUAGAUUCCAUCUCCUUAUCUGUCCUCUCUGGUGUUGGAUUCCAUCUCCAUUACUAUCUGUCCUCUCUGGUGUUGGAUUCCAUCCCCAUUACUAUCUGUCCUCUCUGGUGUUGGAUUCCAUCCCCAUUACUAUCUGUCCUCUCUGGUGUUAGAUUCCAUCCCCAUUACUAUCUGUCCUCUCUGGUGUUGAUUCCAUCUCCAUUACUAUCUGUCCUCUCUGGUGUUGGAUUCCAUCCCCAUUACUAUCUGUCCUCUCUGGUGUUGGAUUCCAUCCCCAUUACUAUCUGUCCUCUCUGGUGUUGGAUUCCAUCCCCAUUACUAUCUGUCCUCUCUGGUGUUGUAUUCUAUCUCCAUUACUAUCUGUCCUCUCUGGUGUUGGAUUCCAUCCCCAUUACUAUCUGUCCUCUCUGGUGUUGGAUUCCAUCCCCAUUACUAUCUGUCCUCUCUGGUGUUGGAUUCCAUCCCCAUUACUAUCUGUCCUCUCUGGUGUUGGAUUCCAUCUCCAUUACUAUCUGUCCUGUAUUCCAUCCCCAUUACUAUCUCCUCUCUGGUGUUGUAUUCUAUCUCCAUUACUAUCUGUCCUCUCUGGUGUUGGAUUCCAUCCCCAUUACUAUCUGUCCUCUCUGGUGUUGGAUUCCAUCCCCAUUACUAUCUGUCCUCUCUGGUGUUGGAUUCCAUCCCCAUUACUAUCUGUCCUCUCUGGUGUUGGAUUCCAUCCCCAUUACUAUCUGUCCUCUCUGGUGUUGGAUUCCAUCCCCAUUACUAUCUGUCCUCUCUGGUGUUGGAUUCCAUCCCCAUUACUAUCUGUCCUCUCUGGUGUUGGAUUCCAUCCCCAUUACUAUCUGUCCUCUCUGGUGUUGGAUUCCAUCCCCAUUACUAUCUGUCCUCUCUGGUGUUGGAUUCCAUCCCCAUUACUAUCUGUCCUCUCUGGUGUUGUAUUCUAUCUCCAUUACUAUCUGUCCUCUCUGGUGUUGGAUUCAUCUCCAUUACUAUCUGUCCUCUCUGGUGUUGUAUUCAUCCCCAUUACUAUCUGUCCUCUCUGGUGUUGGAUUCCAUCUCCAUUACUAUCUGUCCUCUCUGGUGUUGGAUUCCAUCCCCAUUACUAUCUGUCCUCUCUGGUGUUGGAUUCCAUCCCCAUUUACUAUCUGUCCUCUCUGGUGUUGUAUUCUAUCUCCAUUGCUAUCUGUCCUCUCUGGUGUUGGAUUCCAUCUCCAUUACUAUCUGUCUCUCUGGUGUUGUAUUCCAUCCCCAUCUGUGCCUCUCUGGUGUUGUAUUCUCUCCAUUACUAUCUGUCCUCUCUGGUGUUGUAUUCUAUCUCCAUUACUAUCUGUCCUCUCUGGUGUUGGAUUCCAUCCCCAUUACUAUCUGUCCUCUCUGGUGUUGGAUUCCAUCCCCAUUACUAUCUGUCCUCUCUGGUGUUGGAUUCCAUCUCCAUUACUAUCUGUCCUCUCUGGUGUUGGAUUCCAUCCCCAUUACUAUCUGUCCUCUCUGGUGUUAGAUUCCAUCCCCAUUACUAUCUGUCCUCUCUGGUGUUGGAUUCCAUCUCCAUUACUAUCUGUCCUCUCUGGUGUUGAUUCCAUCUCCAUUACUAUCUGUCCUCUCUGGUGUUGGAUUCCAUCCCCAUUACUAUCUGUCCUCUCUGGUGUUGGAUUCCAUCCCCAUUACUAUCUGUCCUCUCUGGUGUUGGAUUCCAUCCCCAUUACUAUCUGUCCUCUCUGGUGUUAGAUUCCAUCCCCAUUACUAUCUGUCCUCUCUGGUGUUGGAUUCCAUCCCCAUUACUAUCUGUCCUCUCUGGUGUUGUAUUCUAUCUCCAUUACUAUCUGUCCUCUCUGGUGUUGGAUUCCAUCCCCAUUACUAUCUGUCCUCUCUGGUGUUGGAUUCCAUCCCCAUUACUAUCUGUCCUCUCUGGUGUUGGUAUUCAUCCCCAUUACUAUCUGUCCUCUCUGGUGUUGGAUUCCAUCCCCAUUACUAUCUGUCCUUUCUGGUGUUGGAUUCUAUCUCCUUCUUAUCUGUCCCACCUGUCUUCUGACGUAAUUAGAAUAAUUAUUUCCGCACGUCUUUUGUUUCCCAUUUGGCUGGAUCAGAGGAUAAGCGAGCGGUACAGGAGACUGCCGGGCUCCCUCAACAUAAGAAGUCCGUGCAUCAGAUGAAUCAAGAGCAGUCAGUAGCUUCACAGCCAGGGAUGGACAGUGGUGAACCUCAUGGAGUAAGUGUGUGAGAAUCUGGGAUGGAAAAACCAAGUUUGUGAUCAAGAGUUUCCCUAGCUGAUGUACAAUGACUAUAGAACACGUGAUAUAAAGAUUUGACUUUAGCCUCUCACGUUAUUCAAUGUUAAAUCACUAGAUAUAUGUGGAAGGUAUAUAUUGAUAGAUUAGUCUAGAAGGGAAUACCAUUUUAGAGAGAAUGAUUGUAGCUGACCUGGGUAACCUGGCUGGUUAUCCCCUUUGGUUAGGAUAGGUCAAACCCAUUUCCCCAGGAACUGGACACAGUUCCAGGAUACAAUCUUUUGACAAUGUUUAUUUGGGCAAACAGCUUUUUAUGCACAGACCUCCAACCCAACUCAAACACAUCCAGGAGGGGGCUGGGGAACAGAAAAGGGAUGAGGAAUUAUAAAAGAAAAGGGAUAAGGGAUUAUAGCUCCGUUGGGGAGCAGGUAGGAUGAUCCCUGACACUGGGAACGAAGACAGUGUAAGCAGGCCAGUUUGGGAGACAGAUGCUCCCCCUGGUGGGUGUUCGGUGAUACGGACCGGCAGCCACUCAGGGGAAGCACGCGCCGCUUGUACCCUUGCGGUCUGCCAUUUUCACACCUCGUUAGCGUUCUAAUUGGAGCAUUGGGGCGGUCUUGCACGGUUCAAGAGACGAAUGCUCCUCCUGGUGGGCGUUCGGUAAUAAGAACUGGUGGCCACCCAGGGGAAGAACGCACCGCUCGUUUCCUUGCGGUCUGUGGUUUUCACACCUCGCUAGCGAGGUGUGAACAUUCUAAGUAAAUGUUCUAAGUGAGGUGCCGGGGUGGUCCGGCGCACGGGGCUUUGUGCGCCAGAGUGCCACCGGGCGGUCAAAAGGUAUAUUGCAGGAUUUUAUGGUCCAAAUUACAGAAAGAGGAAUAUGAAAUGAAAGAGGGGAAACAAACAUUCUAGGAGGGCACAUGCACACAUAAAACAAGGCAAUUCACAGUAUUGGCAGUCCGCCAGAAUGAUAAUCCCAGCUAAGUGUGUAAUGACUGUUCGAACAAUAUAAAGUGGUUUAUUAGAAUAGGUGUAUGUAUAGUGAAUGUAUAGUCAAUAAACAAAACAGCAUGAGCCAAUGGGUCAUAAAAAGAACUGAAACAGAUACAAACAUAGAAUGUGACGGCAGAUAACAACCAUUCGGCCCAUCUAGUCUGCCCAAUUUUCUAAAUACUUUCAUUAGUCCCUGGCCUUAUCUUAUAGUUAGGAUAGCCUUAUGUCUAUCCUAGACAGUUGAGGAAUUCGUAAAACUCUCCAGAAUAUCUCCAAUCGCACACUUUGAAGAAGCUAACAAAAAAUCUAAGAAUCUAACAAUAAAGACCCAAAUAACAAAGGAAUCCAGAAAUCACAAUGGUUAUGAUCUGCAAGAGGUGAUUAGUAUAGUGGAUGGAAGAUUGUCACAAAAAAUCGUGAAAUAAAAGGUCUUUAUUAAACAUUAUAAUGUGCUUGUGAGCAUAAACAAUAUGGCAUUAAAGGAGCUCUAUAGUCAACAUAUAAAAAAGAAAGACAGGUCCCCUAGCCUUCUUUAUUGCUAUUAUAUUAGUUUGCCAUUAAAAAAAUAAAUGAGUGCUUUUUAUCAUUCAAACUUACUUCCAUUCCAGCGCCGAGCUCCUGUCAGGCCAGGCAACCUUUUUUGGUCAAAAUGAAAAAAUAGCAGUGCUCAAUCAGACGCAUCUCAUUGAGAAGCGUCAUCGCUCUGUGGUGCACACACUAACUCACACUCACUCUCUCUCAUUCAUUUUUAAAAUAAGUGUACUUACUGUUUGAGCCUGUCAGCCUGAGCCGACACUGUGUGCAGGAGAUCCUUAUCUCACACACUGUCGGUUCUGAUUGCUGACAGGCUCCGGGUUACUACAGGACACAGGAGGCACGUUCACAGUGCCUCCUGUGUCCUGAUAGUACGUUUAAUGUCUUCAGCCAAGCGUGAAGACGUCAAACGUGAUGAAUGUGAAUUAGGCAGCAGUAAACUGCCACUGGAGGUGUUCCUAGCUUCCAAGGUAUAUGUAUCUAUAUCUCUCUAAAUAAAUAUAUAUAUAUAUAUAUAUAUAUAUAUUUGUGCUCGGAAUUUCUAAUACGUAUGGAUGUAGAAGGAGAUGCAAAGUUGGUUGAGGUGUGCCGAAACCAACGUACGAGUAGGAAUAGAUGGGUGUAGGUGGGUGGGGACAAUCAGCUUGUAGGUGGCAGGAGUUUAAAUAGAGUCCAUAACUCCUCCCACAAAUUCAGGCCUAAUGGCCUUUUAACUUGUGCUCGGAAUUUCUAAUUCGUAAUGGGAUGUAGAAGGAGAUGUAAAGUUGGUUGAGGUGUGCCGAAACCAACGUAUGAGUAGGCCUGUAAUAAAAAGAGGGCAAAGAGAAGAUUCAAAGUUAACACACUUUAUGGCAAGUUUACAAAGCAAGAUUUCUGAAGGCUUGAAGGAGCUCCCUCUCUGGUCGAGAUAUAUGAGUAUUAAUAAAUUGAGGAUUUACAUCGGCCCAGUCUCUUAAUGAUGUGGACUGGUGUGUUCGCGCUUGAAGCUGAAGAAGCUGCCCUAUACGAGAGAGUGACCAGAGAAGGAAGCCGGGUUGUAGCCCAACCUUGAUAGUAGGGUUCUGACGUGAGAAAUGAAUUUGGCUGUGAUGAGUGGGUGCCCUUGGAGUAGUAAUAGUAGAGAGACAGGUGAGUGCGAGUGGUGAGACAACACAAGUAUGUCAAGUAUUUUAACUGGACACCAAACAUUCUCGGUAUGGAAGAGGGGAAUGAGUUCGAUAAGUGGUGUGAUUGGCUUUGGUGGAAGGUAAUGAAAGGAUGUAGUGAUCUUCUACUUUCUUUAGGUGAGAAAGUUUAAGGCAUAAUGCCGUAUCUACUUGACGUAUGACUGUGAACUCCAUAGAUCUGAGGACACCGUAGAAAGUCAUAAAGAUGGCGGUUUUAAUGACCAGAUUUGCGUUCCAGGCAAACGGGGAUGUGUCCAGUAGGUUGCUAAGUAGCCUAAAAGUAGGACCAUCUAUUGAUAAUCUGGUAGUGCCAGGGGGAACUGUAACCUUAUAAAUACUCUGGAGGAUUUCUUGAUAGGGUAGGAAGUAUAGAAGGGUGCGUGAUUAGGAAAGGUUGUGAGGACGUGGUGUUGACACCGAUAAGGUAAAAUUUAUGGUAUUGUGUGAUACAUUUAAGGUGUAGGUGACAGAAGGAGGAAAAAGCCACCAUGUUUUAAAGAAAAAGUCUCCUUGUAGGUAAAGCUCUGCAGGUAAUUUGUACAAAAAUAGUCGGUACCCUAGAGUAAGUGAUAGUGGUGUAGUGUGUGGUGCGUGAGUGCCUGUGCAUGGUGUAAUAGCCUGCUUAAUCCAGGAUUAGCAAGUGGACAGGUGGUAUCUUGGAAAGUAGGUGAUGGGCCAUAGGGAGAGCCUGGAAGAAGACCUGAAAUUGAAAGCGUGAAAAAGAGCAUCAGCAGCUGUGUUCUGGACACCAGGAAUGUGUGUGCAGACUAGAGGGAACGGAGAGGUUGCUGCCAGCCAAGUCAGUUUGCGAAUCAGCCUCAUAAUUAACUAGGAUGACCGGCCCUUGUCAAUGAUUUUGCGAGGUGCGGAAUAGUCUAAGUAGCGUAUACACUGCCUUGCCAGUCAAGAGAUGACCUCAUGUAUGGGCAGCCGCCAUGAUGGGUAUAUCUCAAACUAUGUGGAUUUUCUCUAAAGGCCGGCAACGCAUCCGUCUCAGUGGGCCACUUGUCCCUAACCAGUGGUUGCCGAAAGUAGCUGCGAAUCCUGUGUGUGCUGCUGCGUCUGUGCAGAUUGUUGGUGAGAGCUUCUGAUAUUGGAGGGAUGAACAGGCAGGUAGUGGAUAAUGCUUAGGAGCAGCCAGCAGAGGGUCUCUGCAAAAAUGUCAUAGAGCUUGGGGCUGCUUCUGGACCCGAAAGUGAGCCGGGUAGAGAAAAAUACUUCUCCCUCCGUUUAACACCGUGCAAGUGCCAUAGUGAGCGGGGAAUGGCUAGCCGUUUAGAGGCGUUGGUAAUAUUGGUCUUGCUUAACCAUGCCUUCUGCCUGCUGUGAUAAUAGCUUGCAUGGCGUCGUCAAAUUUAGCAUACUGCGGUGACAACUACUCAGCGGGUAUGAGAGAGUUGAUGCUGGGAAUGGAGGAAGAAUGAAGUGCAGCGAGUUCAAUGAUCAAACGUUUAAUACUAGAGUAUUAGCCUGUGCCGUCAGGAGCCUGUAUAAUUCUGCCUUUCUAGAGGUAGCUGGAAAAGGGAUAACACCUUAGACCGAGCUCUGCUGAUAUUUUUGGAAUAGCCCAAUAUCUCUGGGAUCUGGGGGUAGAAGGGGUGAGGGAUUCCUCUGGAGAUAAUGAUUUGAAUAAGUAGGGUGUAGUGGAGGGGGGAAUAAGACCUUCGGAGAACUGGCCUGCUAACUAGUACCGAGGCGAAGAAUUUAACUAGAACCAAGUGACAGGUGAGGCCCUGCUAGUGCCAAGUGAUGGUGAGAGGCUCUACCUAUGAUUUUGGCCCUAACUGUAGCCCUAAAGAAGGGCGAGCGAGGUGGCUAACUAUGAUUUGGUAGUGGGGCUGAACCUCUGUGUUGAGGUGGGGAGUAGACCUCACGGGACAGGUGUAUUACUUAGGAUAGCUAAGGCCAGCGCCUAACCCUAAAUGCUAGUUCUCUAACCUGAUGGGGCUUGUCUUCUUGAAUGAUGUUCUUGAACGUAUGUAGAUACUAACCUUGAGUAUUGGUCCUAUUGCUUUGGACGAGUCACAGGAAGUCUUCAACACACACACACACACUCACUCACUCACUCACUCUCUCUCUCUUUCUCUCGCUCUCUCUUUCUCUCUCUCUUUCUCUCGCUCUCUCUCUCUCUUUCUCUCUUUCUCUCUCUCUUUCUUCCUCUCUUCCUCUCCUCUCCCCCCCCUCGGCCAAGGUAUCCUAGGAGUAAGAUAGAUGCUAGUGGAGCCUAAGCGUGCCACUCUUAUGCCUGGUGUAAAAAUGUAGAACGUAUGGAUAGGUGGGUAUAAAUGAUACAGUAACGUAAGAACCCGUGUAAUAUGAGGGACCUGAACAUUGGUCCAUAAUAAGAGACAAGCCCCUGGUUAUCCACAAUUGUGAAUUUAAAUGAUAAGAAGGCAGAGUGAGGCCUUUUUAAAAAUUAUUUGAACUUUAACAAUACCUGGUACUGAAAUACGGGAUACCAGGUGGGCUGCUAGUGGUUGAUGGCGAAGAACUUGGCGAGACUGAGGUAUUGACGCAGGUCUAAGUAAUGAAAUGUAGAAACGAAAGACAAGCAAUGUAUCGUUACAAUUAGUAGUAGCAAAGUGGUGUUUGUUUAGGAGGGGAUUGUUUGCAGAGGCCUGGUUUGAAGUUUAGAACCCACCUUGGAGGGUGGGUUAGGGUGGAGGUUGAAUGAGGCCAUGGAGGCCUCAGGGAAAGACAAAUUCAACUGGAAAACAAAAACAACUGGUAAACCUGAUACAGUAAUACAGGAUACUGGGGUAACACUUCCUGGAGACUGUUAGAAGGAAAUGUAGUAGAGCCUAAAAACAUACGCAUACUAAGUCUAACAAACCAGUAUAUAAGGUUUUAGGAAACAGAUUUGCAAUCGUGCUUAUGGACUGUAAUGAGCCUGGUGAAAAGGAACUAUUAGAGCUUAACCUAUGACAUGCCAAAACAAAGAUAAAGACGUAGUGUAACGGAGCAAACUUAGUUAUGCAGAGAGACUAGUUUGUGAAUAAGGGAAACAAAAUGAAUUUAUAUUAUGAGAGACUAAGUUCCAGCGGGAGUAAAUAAUGGUGCCGAGUGGUGUAUUAAGUAUACCUUACCGUGCCUUUAAGAAGAUUUCCCCUGUGUAAAAAUUAAGUGUCCCAUAAAUAAAUAUGACCAUAGCCAAGGAAUAGUGAAAAACAGAAUUAAUAUAUAUUAUCCAGUAGUAACUGAUGAGCCAUAUGCUUAACCCAUUAAAAUAUAGGAUGCAGAAAAAGUGAAAGGUGAGUUAUUUCGUUUAAACGAAUGGCAUAAUGAAACACAUUAAACAACAGAAUAGUGAACUUAGACAUUGAAGCCUCCUGCGUUCAGCUAUACGAACGAAUGGAGAGGACGGUAAGCAGAAAAGAAAUACCUGCGGUCGGUUAAUGGACCGCACAAAAGAAUAAAUGAAAGCCAUGUACAUAGCGGUCGGCUGUUUAACCAUACAAAUUAAUUGACGAGUAUGUUAGAUUGCAUUUGGCAGUUUAGUUAUGCGAAAGAACAAACAAAGGUGUGUGUACUCUGCGGUCGGCUGUUACCCGCACGAACCGCAGAAGUACACGAACGGGUAAGUAUUAUGAAGGGAGCCUAUCCCCGCGUUUUAGGCCCGAACGUGGGAAAUAGCCGAACGCCAUUUCCCACGUUAUGCUUACGACGUGCCGGCCUUGUGACCGGAAGCCGAGUGUCGAUGUCUGUAAGAAGCCGGUUGGCUGGCACGGAGGUCGGAGGCAUGAGAGCUGCUGGCGACAAACUGCUCCUGGAGGUUGGAAUUUUGGCGGGAACUACGGACCGGAAGUGCUGGGACAAUCAGCUUGAACUUAAAGGUGAGUACGGGGUAGGAGUUUAAAUAGGGGCCAUAACUCCUCCCACAAAUUCAGGCCUAAUGGCAUUUUAACAUAGAUAUAGAUAUAUAGAUAGAUAGAUAGAUAGAGAUAGCACUCCAAGGACUUCAUAAAUAUGGUGAAAAAAUAACUUAACUUUUAUUCAGCAACUGCCAGAGAUGAUCAACGUUUCAGUUCUAUGUCAGAACUGUCGUCAGGAUAAAGGUGCAAUAUAAUUACCACAGUAUAAAUAAAGUAAAUCACUCUGUCAGAGGUAAGCUUCAGCUGUAUACAAUGUAUUUUAUUGAUUUACUUUUUGAUUUAUACUGUGGUAAUUAUAUUGCACCUUUAUCCUGACAUAGAACUGAAACGUUGAUCAUCUCUGGCAGUUGCUGAAUAAAAGUUAAGUUAUUUUUUCACCAUAUUUAUGAAGUCCUUGGAGUGCUAUCUCUAUCCUAUUUCUAUCAAUUAUGUUGACAAGCACCGGGCUAUAUAGAUUUACCACUGAAGUGCAAGCAUUGGACAUAUAUAUAUAUUUUUUUUAUUAUUUUUUUUUACUUUUUUUAAUUUUUUUUAUUCUACAAAUAUAUUUAUGUAAUAUUUUUAUAUAAUUAAGUAAUUUUAUUAUUACCGUAAUUACAAUCUGAGGGACCUGCCCGACAGCCCAGGCAGAAUUUGGCUCGCAAGCCCUAUAAUUAAUCCUAUAACUUUCCAGGACACCAUAAAACCUGUACAUUGGGGGUACUGUUUUACUCAUGAGACAUCGUUGAAUACAAAUAUGUGUACUUUAUUGCAGUAACAGCUAACAGUAUUGUGACAUUCACGGUUAAAAUGCCAUGCAGAACUAAAAAAAAAUAACAUUUCUUAAUUUGUCAAUUUGUUUUAUAUUUUGUUCAUAUUAAAUUAUGUUCCAUACCUAAAUAUUUGAUGUUAAAUGAAAGCCCUGUUUCCCCUGUUUAUGGGUACACAUAACAUGAAAGAGUCGAAUUACGCCUGAACAGACAUAUAGCGCAAAUUCCAGGUUUUGUUUACGUUUUGUUUUGAUCACAACGUGUACAUUUGGCUCAGUCCUUAAGUGGUUAAAUAAACACCACACCCUUGCCCAUCGAAAUAUAAAAAACUGUGUCUGUGUUUAUUGUGUGGUCUAAGUUAUUUAUGCGAAAUAUUGCCUACCAUACAUAUAUAUUAUGCCCCUAAGUAUGUGCAUAACAACAAAACUUCCGGACACUCCGGUGGGGAAAAAAAGGAGAGAAAUUUGUAUUUAUAAAACAGGAUGCAAAAAAAGCAUUACAAGUAUGGACUGGGAUACUAAAAAGGAACCGGUAUGUGCAUAGAUCAACACCCCAUAGGAAGUAUAGAUUUAGUAGGGUGACCACAAGGGGGUACAGAGGAAACCUCCCGCAGACAAUUCUUGUUUAAAAUACAGUAUGCGGGAUGGAUGUACGCGCAGUAUGCGGGAUGGAUGUACGCUCGGGAUGGAUGAUGGGCGUGUGACAGACAGUAUACAUUGAUUGAUUAGUACUUGUGAAUGUGUAAUGUAAGUAUAGUAGGGGAUGGAUGUGAUGUUAAAUGCAAUAUAUAUUUAAUGGCUCCCAGUCUCUAUAAAUAGUAUAUAAAUGCGAAUUGUCUCUUCUUGUCUGUUUACGUCAUGAUUUCUCUUUCAGAAUAGGAAGAGUACGGAUCUGCGAGGAAAGACUGCGCCUGUUGCCCGGACCCGCUCUUUUUCCCUUGCUCAGCAAGCUAGGACAGCUGCUUCUAACAGUUCUUUAACACGGAAAGACUUAGUACCUUUGGGACCAGUGAGUGUGGCUGCAGUCAGUGCUAGACUGGUAAGUGGAAGCAGUGAGUGCAGCCGUCGCCUGUGCUACAAAAACAAAGGAUAUGAGAACAGACAAAAGCUUAGAGAAACUCAGUAAUUUGCCCCUAGGUAAAUUCCUGCUAAGGUCUCAAAAUAGUUUUUGCUCACUUGUACCAUUACAGAGAGAACAUCCCACCUAUAGGGGCAAUCCAGAACCGAAAUGCCUGCAAAUUCUCUCUGCUCUCUGCAUCAUCUGUGCUAGACUUGUGAGGAGGGGCAAUAUGUGUGGAUGGAGUGUGCUCACCCUGUCGGCUAUACUCCUCCUCCCAUUGAGUAGUACUAGUACUAGCAGUGUACUCGGUGUUGUUACAUGGAGUAGAUGCUGUUCUCCCAUUGAGUAGUAGGUGUAGUAGUGUUUUUGUAGUAGUGGUUACACAGAAUACACACUGCUCUCCCAUUGAGUAGUACUAGUAGUAGCAGAGUACUCCCUGCUGUUACAUAGAGUACAUAUUACUCUCCCAGAUACUCCACACUGGAGUAGGUACACACAACCUGUGUAGAAAGGUAGGUUCCACUACAGAUUCUUUUUUUUCUGUCUUUACAGAACCAGCGCACACCUGUCCCUCAGCCCCGCGAUAAUCGCUCUGCUCAGAAAUUCAGCAGGAAAAUGUUCCAGGGUACGGCCAACGUCGGAGCAGCUGGCGACCCCAAGGCCUCAUUGCAGAGCUAUACUCAAGCAUACGGCACCAUCAGUAAAUCUGCACUGCAGGGUUUGCCUCUACAGAAUAGCGGUCAUGGAGGGACCUAG